CGCUGGGAGUUGUAGUCUCGGCGGCUGCCUCUGACCUCUGUUCUGAGGGCGGUCGAGCCAGCUAGAGCUGGGGGCGAGGGGGGGAAGCCGAUGCAGGGAAGCCGAACUGACCAUGGCCUCGGCUAGCGGCGGCGGCGGCGGCAGCGGGGUGGCCGCUGCGGAGCCGGAGCGCCCUCACCAGCGGCCUUUCCUGAUCGGGGUGAGCGGCGGCACAGCCAGUGGAAAGUCCACAGUGUGUGAGAAGAUUAUGGAACUGCUGGGCCAGCAUGAAGUGGACCACCGCCAGCGCAAGCUGGUCAUCCUGAGCCAGGACAGGUUCUAUAAGGUCCUGACCGCCGAGCAGAAGGCCAAAGCGCUGAAGGGCCAGUACAACUUUGACCACCCAGAUGCUUUUGAUAAUGAUUUGAUGCACAUGACCCUGAAACACAUUGUGGAUGGCAAAACCGUUGAGGUCCCGACCUAUGAUUUUGUGACCCACUCAAGGUUACUGGAGACAACUGUGGUUUACCCUGCGGAUGUGGUUCUGUUUGAGGGCAUUUUGGUAUUCUAUAGUCAAGAGAUCCGGGACAUGUUUCAUCUUCGACUCUUUGUGGACACCGACUCAGAUGUGAGGCUAUCUCGUAGAGUUCUCCGAGACAUGAAUCGUGGGAGGGACUUGGAGCAGAUCCUAACACAGUACACCACCUUUGUUAAACCUGCCUUUGAGGAAUUCUGCCUGCCGACUAAGAAGUAUGCUGAUGUAAUCAUCCCUCGAGGAGUUGACAACAUGGUUGCCAUCAACCUGAUUGUACAGCAUAUUCAGGACAUUUUGAAUGGGGACAUCUGCAAAUGGCAGCGGGGAGUUCCAAAUGGGCGGAGCUACAAGAGGACGUUUCCAGAGCCUGGAGACCCUCCUGUUGUCCUAACUUCUGGUAAACGGUCCCACCUGGAGUCUAGCAGCAGACCCCACUGAGGAGCAGGAGGCUGGUAAUCAGCCAAUAAGGCAGAUCUUUCCUGGAUGACAUUUGUAUGAUGAAUGGGUCUGGAGUUCCUUUGGUUUUUUUUUUUCCCCUAACAAAAACUCUAAGCCCUUUAGAAAUAUUCUUUUAGCACCUGUUACAAAAUUAUUCUAAGAUGAAAUUGUUCAAUCCUUUAAGAAUAGAAAAAUGUUAAUUUUAUUCAGUCUUAAAAGUUGAGAAAUACUAAAAGGACAUUCUUAAUGUUUUAAUCUUCCGUGUAUUCAGGAGGCUUCUGAAAUCUCUUUGGGCCACCUGAAAAACGCCCAACACCUGCAUGAGUGAACCUGCUAUGCUUGCUCCCAGAAGUAAUGCUAGUAGCACAUUUUUAAAAAAAAUUGGGGGGCUGGGUCCUGGCUGUGUCACUGGUACGACCUUAACAUGAGCCAUGUAGAAAUGUCUUCUUUCCUUCUGGGUUAUACACAGGGCAAAUAAGCAGAGGUGGGAAUGCUGAUAAGCACUUUAAAAAAGAAAAACACAAAAAAACUACUAUUCAAUGCGAA